UUAGCUCAGUUUGCCGUCACGUCCCCAAACUGACGCCUGCGGAGCAAGAUGAGUAGGGACCUCAGAGGCAGGGGAUGCGCCCGGGGAAGAGGCUUUCAGGGGUGGCGAGGAGGAUGGCGAGGUGGAUGGCGAGGCAGAAGACAGAAGGGAGAGUGGAGAAGGAUGCCCGAACCUGUAAGAUCUCAACUAGUUCAAUCAACGUUGGACCAGUUUAUUCCCUAUAAGGGCUGGAAACUUUAUUUCUCUGAAGCUUAUGCUGACAAGUCUCCUUUUGUCCAGAAGACUCAAGCCUUUGAAAAGUUUUUCAUGCAACGCAUUGAGCUUUAUGACAAGGAUGAAAUAGAAAGAAAAGGAAGUAUCCUUGUGGAUUAUAAGGAAUUAAUACAAGACAGAGAAUUGACUAAAUCAAUACCAGAUAUAUCUACUGAAUUAAGGGAUAUGCCUCAGAAAAUACUGCAAUGUAUGGGUCUGGCGAUUCAUCAGGUGCUAACAAAGGACCUUGAAAGGCAUGCUGCACAGCUGCAGGUGCAGGAAGGAUUACCACUUGAUGGAGAACCUAUAAUAAAUGUGCCUCUCAUUCAUGCGAGGGUGUACAACUAUGAUCCACUAACUCAGCUGAAAAACGUUCGGGCCAACUGCUACGGGAAAUACAUUGCCUUGCGUGGUACUGUUGUGCGUGUCAGUAACAUUAAGCCGCUGUGCACUAAGCUAGCUUUUGUAUGUGGCUCAUGUGGAGAUGUUCAGGGUGUUCCUCUACUUGAUGGAAAGUAUACUCUUCCAAUUAAGUGCCUUGUUCCGGAGUGCCGUGGCCGAUCCUUCACAGCUGACAGAAGCUCUCCUUUAACCACUACAGUGGACUGGCAGUCUGUUAAGGUGCAGGAGCUCAUGUCAGAUGAUCAGCGAGAAGCAGGCCGAAUCCCUCGCACAAUCGAAUGUGAACUGGUGCAAGAUCUUGUGGACAGCUGUGUCCCGGGAGAUAUGGUCACAAUUACAGGAAUAGUAAAGGUGUCAAGCACUGAGGAAGGAGCUUCCAAAAAUAAGAAUGACAAGUGUAUGUUCUUGUUGUACAUUGAGGCAAAUUCCAUCAGCAACAGUAAAGGACAAAAACAAAAGAAUUUUGAUGAUGAGACUUUUCAAAGGUCGUUCAUGGAGUUUUCACUUAAAGACCUCUAUGCUGUUCAAGAAAUUCAAGCUGAGGAAAAUCUGUUCAGGCUCAUUGUGAACUCUCUUUGUCCUGCAAUCUAUGGCCAUGAGAUUGUAAAGGCAGGUUUGGCCCUGGCAUUAUUUGGAGGAUGUCAGAAGUUUGUAGAUGACAAGAACAGAAUCCCAGUGCGAGGAGAUCCACAUGUUCUGGUCGUUGGAGAUCCAGGAUUAGGAAAAAGUCAAAUGUUGCAAGCAGUGUGUAAUGUUGCUCCUCGUGGUGUGUAUGUUUGUGGCAAUACUUCCACCAGCUCUGGCCUGACUGUUACACUGUCUAGAGAUGGUGCUUCUGGAGAUUUUGCCUUGGAAGCUGGUGCUUUAGUGCUUGGAGAUCAAGGAAUUUGUGGAAUAGAUGAAUUUGAUAAGAUGGGAAACCAGCAUCAGGCUUUGUUGGAAGCCAUGGAACAGCAAAGCAUCAGCCUUGCUAAGGCUGGCAUUGUUUGCAGUUUGCCAGCUCGAACGACUAUUGUUGCUGCAGCAAACCCAGUUGGAGGACAUUAUAACAAAGCCAAAACAGUGUCUGAGAACUUAAAAAUGGGGAGUGCUUUACUGUCAAGAUUUGAUCUAGUUUUCAUUUUGCUGGACACCCCAAAUGAAGACCACGAUCACUUGCUGUCUGAGCACGUGAUGGCAAUCCGAGCGGGAAAGCAGGCAGCAUGCAGCAGCGCUGUUGUGACUCGUACCAACACACAGGAUCGCUCUGUUCUUGAAGUUGUUUCAGAUCGACCGCUGCUUGAAAGACUAAAGAUCUUACCAGGAGAAAACUUUGAUGCUAUUCCACAUCAGCUGCUGAGGAAGUAUGUUGGAUAUGCUCGGCAGUAUGUUCAUCCAAAAUUAUCUCCAGAAGCUGCUCAGGUCCUCCAGGAAUUCUACCUUGAGCUCCGGAAACAGAACCAAGGAGCAGACAGCACACCAAUCACCACGAGGCAGCUAGAGUCAUUGAUUCGACUUACGGAGGCACGGUCAAGGCUGGAAUUAAGGGAGAAAUCUACCAAGGAAGAUGCUGAGGAUGUAAUAGAAAUAAUGAAAUAUAGCAUGCUGGGAACCUACUCUGAUGAGUUUGGAAAACUGGACUUUGAACGUUCACAGCAUGGAUCUGGGAUGAGCAAUCGGUCACAAGCAAAAAGAUUUGUUUCUGCCCUUAACAGUAUUGCGGAGAGAACUUACAACAAUCUCUUUGACUUGCAACAGCUUCGACAGAUUGCGACGGAGCUACAAAUACGAGUAUCUGAUUUUGAAAGCUUUAUUGGAUCCCUAAAUGAUCAGGGUUAUCUUUUGAAAAAAGGUUCAAGAGUUUAUCAGCUUCAGACAAUGUGAAGAGAGCCAUUGUGAUAAACUUUCUUGAGACAUAAUCGUUACAUCCAGAAUGGACUGAUGGACCUGCAGCAAUAAAGCAUGCUGAACUGCAGCCUAGCACAGUAGUCGAUGCUCUGCUGGCAUGGUCGCUUACUGAGGUGUGGGACUCCCUUUCAGAAACUAGCAGUUGCCCCCAGGCUUGCUUUAAGCUGCCAUAGAACAAACUGACAUGUGGUAUUGCUGCUUGACUCAUUCUGUAGGUCUGCUAGCCCAAAUGAGAUUCUGUAAGACUAGCAUGUACUUUAUCCUCCUUGAGGAGUGCAUAGUGUGUUUUGUAUUGACAUUAUCACAGUGCCAUAACAGAUUCUCCUUCCAAAAGAGAUGUUGGACCCACAAAUUUAAAACCAGAAAUCUUUUGUGAGAGGAUGAUGUGAGUUGUAUUUUUAGCACUGUAGUUCAUUAGAGGAAUUUAAAGUAUAGAAAUGUUUCCAAAAGGUUGGAAAACUUCAUGUUGAGACAACACAGUUUUAUAGCUGUUAAGAAGUGAUACCUUAUUGAAACUGACUUGAUUUUCUGCUUUGCAGCUCUGUAUUUAUUGGUCUUUGUAGCUGAGAUUUUAUUUGAAA